AAUUCUAUCCCAGCUGAAACCAGGACAACAUGGUAGCACAGAAUAGUGCAUCACGGAGGCUGAGCAAGGACUCCAGUCAAAGAGCCAACCCUGAAACAAAACCUGCCACUGCUUUUUGGUCAGAAGGCACUCUUCACAUCUUUGCUUCCUUUUCUGCCCCCGUGACCUGUGCUUUGUUGCUGCUGCUGGACCCUAGUGACCUUCUUUCAGCAUAUCAACAUAUAAAGAUGUGCAUGUUCUGUGGCUGUGUCUUUAAGAGUGGUCAGAGACCUUUAUCAGUCUAAUUUCUCCUUCCUUUUCCCUACACUGGCACCAUUCCUGGUCUCAGCAUGGUGGUCUCAAGGUCCUCAGUCCCAAGUACUUCUGUUAUGGAGCUGGUGAGACAUUGGGAGUGCAAAUACUAUCCACCCUCCAGCACUGAUUAUCACUGCUGUGCACCAUAUGACCUUUUUAGUUUUACAAUGAGAAUAGAUACUCACAUGUGACAUAACACAGUGUCAUGUCUAACAUAAUGACAUGUUUAUCAAAAGGGCCAGACAAUGUACUCUGACUCAUGGAAGCUCAACAUCACUGCUGCUAGUGCCAUGCUCUCUUAAAACCUUGUUCACUGUUGGAGUCAGUUCCUGUCUGACCACAGCCUGAUCUCAGUCCAGCAAGGGAUUAUCCAGUGUGAUCCUCUUCCCAUGGGUACAGACUCAGGGCAGACACUGUACUUGUCCCCCGGGAACCUGGUGGGUGAUACCUCAGCUCUCUCCCAGGGAAAGGAUCUGGAUUUAAGGGAGGCUAUGGCACGCAAGAAGGUCUCAUCUUGCAAUGCCGAAGGGAUUCAGCGGGAGCGUGUGGCUGGUCUCAGAGCUGAGAGGUGGCUCCUCAGGUUUGUUCACUGCUGAUACCAGUCCUCUGGCUAGGGGAACGUCUGUGCAAGUAGUACAUGAUCCCGGCCCUGAACCUCGUGAGUAUCUUGAAUUCAGGAUUUGGGUCAAGGCCAUUGUGGUUUGGUUUAGGCAUGUUUGUAUGUUGAAUAUUUUCCGAUAGAAGACUGGCAUAAGCCAUCGUGGCACUAAAUUCUUUUUGCUACAAAGAUUGUGUUAACAUUUAUCGUUGUGAAAUGUGUUAUUGUGUAAGUCAAGCAUACAGAAAGUAAUCCUAUGCAAAUGUGCCCGUGAUCCACGUACCAACUCAGUCUGUAAAAAGACAAGGCUGCGUGUAACCACCAGUAACAAUAAACACUUCUUCGAUGGACGUGCAGCUAAAAAGCGUUUUGUUGCCUGACAGCUGAGUCAGAACCAAAGAAGGAGCUGCGAGGCACCAGCCAUGCUCCCUUCCCAGCCUCUCCUGCACGCUGCGGUGUUUGCACUCGCAGUCCUUCAGGCCCUUGCCUCCGACACCUUCAUUGCAGCCGUCUACGAGCACGCGGUCAUCCUGCCAGAUGUCACUGACGAGCCCGUUUCUCCCGACGACGCUUUGGCCCUGAUGAACAAAAACAUGGAUGUCUUGGAAGGGGCCAUCAAGGAAGCCGCCCAGCAGGGUGCCCACAUCAUUGUGACUCCUGAAGACGGCAUUUAUGGCUGGCAUUUCACGAGAGAAGCCAUCUACCCCUACCUGGAGGAUAUCCCUGAUCCGGCAGCGAACUGGAUUCCUUGCACCGACCCCACAAGAUUUGCUCCUGCUCCAGUGCAGGAACGACUCAGCUGCAUGGCCAGGAAUAACUCCAUCUAUGUGGUUGCAAACAUGGGGGACAAGAAGCUGUGUAACUCCAGUGAUCCCGGCUGCCCCAGUGACGGCCGCUAUCAGUACAACACUGAUGUCGUCUUUGACCCAGAGGGGAAACUGGUGGCUCGUUACCACAAGUACAACCUGUUUAGAAGAGAAACUCAGUUUAAUUACCCAAAAGAGCCAGAAGCCAUCACUUUUGAGACCCCCUUUGGGAAGUUUGGCAUUUUCACUUGCUUCGACAUCCUUUUCCACGAGCCUGCCGUGGUCCUGGUGAGCGAGUUGCAGGUGGACACCGUGCUCUUCCCAACAGCUUGGAUGAACGUCCUGCCGUUUCUGACUGCAGUUGAGUUUCACUCUGCCUGGGCUAUUGGCAUGGGUGUUAAUUUACUUUCAGCAAAUACUCACAACAUCAGUUUGGCAAUGACAGGCAGCGGGCUGUUCACGCCGGAGGGACCCACCGCCUACCAUUACGACAGUGGGACUGAGGAGGGAUGUCUCCUGCUAGCAGAGCUGAGCGCACGCCCUCGUCUUUCCCCCACCUACCCCCCGGCUGUCAACUGGAGCUCAUAUGCCACAAGCAUCAAGAGAUUUCCAGGAGGAAAAGACACUUUUUUGGGAGCUGUCCGGCGAGAUAUAUUCACUUUCAGUGAACUCGGGCACAAAACUGGAAAUUACACGGUUUGCCAAGGAGACCUCUGCUGUCAUUUGAUCUAUCGGAUGUCAAACAAGAGCAAAGAUGAAGUUUAUGUCCUGGGUGCAUUUGAUGGGCUUCAUGGUUCUCUCAUAAAGUACCACUGGCAGAUAUGCACGCUGCUCAAGUGCAAGAGCACAGACCUGAACACGUGCGGGCAGCCGGUGGAAACGGCUCAGACCAAGUUUGAGAUGUUCUCCCUCAGCGGCACAUUUGGCACCAACUACGUCUUUCCAGAAGUCUUGUACAGUGGGGUGCAGCUGGCCCCCGGGGAGUUUGAGGUGCUACGUGACGGACGUUUGAAAAGUAAGCAUGGCACAUCGAAACCGCUCAUAACAGCAACACUUUUUGGAAGGCUUUAUGAAAAGGACCUGCCACAUCCUCUGCGAACCUCCUCGUAAUGUAACUCCUUAGGUGUUACACAGUCACCAUAGACAGGAGGGGAAUUUCCUACAGUGAUCCACCUCCUCAUGAGCCAUGGCAGUUAUCCUGUAUUAUUCCUGUUCUACAGUCUUGCACUUCUUUUUCAGCAGCAGUGGCGGUUGGGUUUAUUUAGGAGAAAGUGAUGUGAUCAUUCUGUUGUGUAUACCUUUUUAAUAGCACUUGAGCCAGUGCAAUUAUUUUUUAGUAUGAAUGCUCUGUUACACAAAAUCUUUAAUUAGAAUUUUUUUUUUCUCAAAGAUAUCAUGUAGAUUGCCAGAAUAACACUAGAAACAAGACUGAUACUGAAAUGUGUGAAAUGCGAAGUUUGCCAGUUUGCUGCAGAACAAAUCUUCUCCAAGGAAGUCUUUCUCCCCCUUUUGCCCCUUUCUGUUUUUCAGACUGUAUAAGCACUAAGUGUUCGUGUUUCUUAGCCUUACACACCAAUCAAUAGGGCCUCCCUAAUACUCAAAGGGCCUUGGCCCCAUUCUGACCAAGGGACUGUGCAAUGAAGAGAAAACCAGAUUUGAAAUGGUUUUAGGCGCAACCUUAGAGAGAGAGAAAGUGGUCCUCCAUAACCCAUGCAGGGACUGAGUCUGGCUGCGCUCCGUAAAGCACCUUCUAUUCUGCAGUCCCUCUGAGCUUGCACCGCUUUGUGCAUGGCGGAUGCAUGCUGGGUCCAAUGCAUUUCAGAUCAGACUUACCACAUAAACAUAGUAUGCCAACA